UUUGGACACAAAGGCUCCUAGUAAACACCAACGAAGAAGAUUCUGCCGUAGCAAUACUGCCUGUAUGUUUUACCGAAUCCCACGCAUUUUAUGCAAUAUUUCUGCUUGUUGACUGAAUUAGCAGGGAAUAGAUCAAAGCGUUACGACGUCUUUGGCCCACCUCAAAUUGACUGGACUUAAAUAUUCAUUUUUCUUGUUCGGAGUUGAAAGUUCUCCAGCUAAUUUAGCUUAUUUUAGCUUCGCCGCUAACAAACGUGUGAAGUGUCAGCGGAAACUUUCUGGAAAGCCUUGCCAAAAUGUUUUCAAAAAGGACAAAAGAGUACGUGGAAGAACUUCACACAGAAGAUAGCAGGGAAGAAUCUCUUGGUCCUGGUCAAGCAGAGGACGAACCAGGGGCAACCCAGAUUCAAGAAAUAGAAAAGCCAGAGACUGCCCACAUUAAAGAAGAGCAAGAGGAUGAAAUCAUCAAGUUUCCAUUAACUGGUAUCUUUGUGAAAAGUGAUGAAGAUGCUGAAGACCCAUGCGGAGGAUCCCAAGCAGACGGCAUCUUUGCGCCAAUAUCAGAUAAUGACCACAUCUCAUCACAUUCUUCUGACACAGACGACGAUAACGAACACCCUAAAGGUGAUAUGGCAUGUCACACCGACAACAAACGUGUCAAAUGUUCACAGUGUGACAAAACUUUUUUCAACAAAUCAACGAUGAAAAGACAUGCAAAAAUACACACUGGAGAGAAGAAAUUUGCUUGCUCAGCCUGCGGAAAAACAUUCUUUAGAAAGGAAGAAUUAAAAAAGCACACUAAAACACACACUGGGGAAAAACCUUAUGUGUGCUCAUUUUGUGGUAAAAGGUAUUGUGAAAAGCAAACUUUAACAAAUCACACAAGAACACACACAGGUGAAAAACCUUUUGCCUGUAUAGAAUGUGGGAAAAGAUUCACUCACAAGGCUCUUUUGAAAGAACACACGAGCACACACACUGAAGAAAGGCCUUUUCUCUGCUCAGUUUGCGGCAAAAGUUUCUCUAUGAGGAAAUACUUAAGAGUACACACGAGAACACAUACUGUAGAAAAACCAUUUUCCUGCUCAAUUUGCGGGAAAACCUUCUCUGCGAAGGGUGCUUUAAAAAUGCACACGAGGACGCACACUGGAGAAAAACCUUUUCCCUGCUCAUUUUGUGGUGUUAGCUUCUCUAUUAUGAGAAGUUUAUUAAGGCACCAAAGACUUCACACUGGGGAGAAAACAUUUGCCUGCUCGUUCUGUGGUAGAACUUUCUUAAGAAACGAUGAAUUACAAAGACACAGAAGAACCCACACUGGAGAAAAACCUUUUGCCUGUUUAGUUUGUGAUAAAAGAUAUAGUGAUAAGCAAAGUUUAACAAAUCACACAAGAACACACACUGAAGAAGAAACACUAAGUUGCAGUGUGUCAGCUGUGAUUUGAAAUGAGUUGAUCACUAUCGCUAAAUGAUCAUUAGCUUAACUCAUUCACUGCCAGCCAAGGUCAAAGUAUGGGUUGUGGUGAGCAAAAAAUAUUUAAGAAAAAAUAGGAUUUUUGCCUGAAAGUGUUAAACAGAUCUAAAGUGAGCACUAAAGUUUUUUCAUUUUAUUCUGUAUUUUUAUCUGUAUGCAAUCUCAAUUAUGUUGCAUUAAUGAAAUCAAUAAAAUGUUCCA